AGUCGCCGCCGCGACAACGCUGUGCCCAAAAAAAGUUCCGUUCCAAGGAGAAAGUCUUUUAUUUUGUUAUGCGAGCAGAAUGGGCGAUGAUUAUUUGAAAGACAUCGAAGCCCCGUUCAACAUCCUCGACUACGCGGUGGGGCGAAAAAUAGGCUCCGGCUCCUUCGGGGAGAUCUACAGGGCCAAGCACCGCAAGACGGGCCUCCUCGUGGCCCUGAAAGUGGAGCCCAAUAGUGCCCACAAUCUGCAAUUGUGCUUCGAGUACCAGCUUUACAAUAUCCUGAGCCAGGGUGCCGGCAUUCCCAAGGUCUACCGCUUCCACUCGGCCAGGAAGUACAAUGUGAUGGUGAUGGAGCUUCUGGGUCCUUCGCUGGAGGAUCUCUUCAUUUUCUGCAAGCACCGUUUCUCCCUGAAGACGGUGCUCAUGCUGGCGGAGCAGAUGAUCGAGCGGUUGGAGUUCCUGCACUCGCAUAACUUCCUUCACCGUGACAUCAAGCCGGACAAUUUCGUGAUGGGUCGAGGUGACACUAGGCACCGGCUGUACUUAAUCGACCUGGGCCUGGCCAAGCAAUUCUCCAAUGUGCCGGACAACAAGUGCGUGAUCCGCAAAUCCGGCAGCCGACUGACCGGCACCGCCCGCUACGCCUCCGUAAAUGCGCUACGUGGAGGAGAACAAUCCCGGCGGGAUGACCUUGAGUCCCUGGGCUAUGUCCUCAUGUACCUGUUAAGGGGCACCCUGCCGUGGCAGGGCCUGAAGGCCACCUCCAAGAUCCAGAAGCACGAGAUGAUCGCCGAAAUGAAGGUCUCCACGAGGGUGGAGGACCUGUGUCGUGGCUACCCAGAUGAGUUCUUCCACUUCAUCGUCUACAGCCGAGCAAUUCGCUUCGAGGAGGAGCCCAACUAUCUGCACACAAGGCGCUCCUUUCUGGACUUACUGCACCGGCUCAAGUUCCCCAACGACAAGAUCUACGACUGGGACAUCCUCAACAAGAAAAUGGAAGAGCUGAACCAAAAGAAAGCGGAGGAAAAGGUCGAACUAGAAUUCGACUAGGGCCCGGUAGAGUACACCCAUGUUGUAUGUUAAAUGUAAAGACGUCUGACUUUUCCAGUGGCCUGUCAGAAAUGCCAAUUUAAAAUACACAAGCUGCCAGCUACCAAAA